CAGGGCCUUAUCUUAACCCGAACAAUAAAGCAACUUAAUGCACCCGGUGUCUUUAUUGGAAAGAAAGGAGAGGCAGAAAGGAGGUACGACAUCCCUGGGGGCUCCCAGGACUGCCUGCUGUGCUGAAGGUAUAAGAGCCACCCACCACCUGCCGCCCGCCAUCAUUGCCUGCUUUGCAUCUCUUCUCACUGGACAAGCCACCAGCCCAGCCUCUCAAGAUGGCCUAUAUGCCUGCACCUGGCUACCAGCCCACUUACAAUCCGACUCUGCCCUACAACCAGCCCAUCCCGGGUGGUCUCAGUGUGGGAAUGUCUGUGUACAUCCAAGGAGUGGCCAGCGAGCACAUGAAGAGGUUCUCCGUGAACUUCGCGGCGGGGCAGCACUAUGGAGCGGACAUUGCCUUGCACUUCAAUCCCCGCUUUGAUGGCUGGGACAAGGUGGUCUUCAACUCGCAACAGGGCGGCAAGUGGGGCAGCGAGGAGAAGAAGCGGAGCAUGCCCUUCCGCAAGGGCGCGGCCUUCGAGCUGGUGUUCAUGGUCCAGGCGGAGCACUACAAGGUGGUGGUAAAUGGAAAUCCCUUCUACGAGUUCGGGCACCGGCUGCCCCUACAGAUGGUCACUCACCUGCAAGUGGAUGGGGACGUGGAGCUUCAGUCAGUCAACUUCAUCGGUGGCAACCCGCGCCCAGGCCAACCCCCCUCACCAUUUCUGUCGGGUCCUGGACACACCCACCAAUAGCCAAGUCAGCUGCCUACCAUGGAGGGACCCCCAAUCUUCAACCCGCCUGUGCCAUUUAGGAAGAGUUUGCGAGGAGGUCUUACAGCCCGAAGAACCAUCAUAAUCAAGGGCUCCAUACCCCCCAUGGGCAAGAGCUUUGUCAUCAAUUUCAUGGUGGGAUCCUCAGGGGACCUGGCUCUGCACAUUAACCCUCGUCUGACCGAGGGUCUCGUGAUUCGGAACAGCUAUCUGAAUGGUUCAUGGGGAUCCGAGGACAAGAAGAUCUCCUACAACCCAUUUGGUCCUGGGCAAUUCUUUGAUCUGUCCAUUCGCUGUGGCAUAGAUCGUUUCAAGGUGUACGCCAACGGCCAGCACCUCUUCGACUUUUCCCAUCGCCUUUCGGCCUUCCAGAAUGUGGACGUGCUGGAGAUCCAGGGUGAUGUCACCUUGUCCUAUGUCCAAGUCUGAGCUAUUCCCAGGGCUAUAACUCUUGGGAAUACAGAGGGAAAGAUCCCACAGGACUCCCUUCUAAGCCCC